AUGGCUUCAAGUCUCGGCGCUCUCUUGGAGAUCGAGAGCUCUUCUCGCGUCGCCAGUCCACCAGCUGCUGUCCGAAAAGAUAAGCAAGGCGCUGCUCAGGCGCCAUCUGACUAUGAGUUGAAUGACCUGGCAAGGCCUCCUACGGGCCCGUCCUCGCCCACCCCAAGCGAGCUGGAAAACCGGCUGCCAACGCCUAACGAAACGGAAGAGGUUAUGGCCGCGGAAUGGGCCCUAGAUCGUACGGCCGUCUCGUGGAAAACCAAAUGGCGCCUUCUGAGUGCCUGCCUGAUGAACUUUGGUAAUGGCAUGAACGACAGUGCGCCUGGUGCCUUGAUCCCAUACAUCGAAAAGUACUAUGGCAUCGGCUAUGCCGUUGUCUCGUUGGUCUUCGUGACCAAUGCGCUGGGAUUCAUCCUGGCAGCACCGCUCACGUAUACCAUUGAGCAGAAGCUGGGCCGUGCCAAGAGCUAUGCCUUUGCUCUCUCCCUUCUGGCAGCCAGCUAUAUCGUCAUCACCUGUCAGCCGCCGUUCCCCGUGGUCGUGACCUGUUUCUUCUUCAUGGGGUUCGGCAUGGCGUUGGGCCUGGCCCUCAACAAUGUGUAUUGUGCCAAUCUGGCCAAUGCCACCACGGCCCUGGGCUGUUUCCAUGGCGCUUAUGGUAUCGGGGGUACGAUCGCGCCGCUGUUUGCCACGGCCAUGGUGUCGGCCGGGAUUCGUUGGUCGUUCUUCUAUACCAUUACCCUCGCCGUGUCGAUCACCAACCUGGCCUAUUCGGCCUGGGCUUUCUACAACUUCGAGAACGAAUCGGAAGUUGAGCCCCAGAUGGCCUUGCGGCCGACUGCUUCGCGCCGCACCCAGGAUGGCGAGCCCAUGACCCGAGCACAGGUGCUGCGCAAGUCUCUCCAAGACCGCACCACGCUGCUCGGCGCACUCUUCAUCUUCGCCUACCAAGGUGCCGAGGUCUCGGUGUCUGGUUGGGUCGUCUCGUUCCUGAUCAGCUACCGCCACGGCGACCCGUCACGCGUCGGGUACGUAAGCGCCGGUUUCUGGGCCGGGAUCACAGUCGGUCGGUUUGUGUUGACGCACCCGGCGUCCAAGCUGGGUGAGAAGAUCUCCGUGGUCAUGAUGGUUGCCGGGGCCGUCGCGUUUCAACUGCUGACUUGGCUUAUCCCCAAUGUCAUCGGAGAAGCCGUGACGGUCGCCAUCUUGGGUUUGUUGCUGGGCGCCGUUUACCCCUGUGCCACGGCGGUCUUCACCAAGUUGCUCCCGCGGAAUAUGCACAUUUCUAGCCUGAGUAUCGUCAACGCUCUGGGGAGCAGUGGUGGGGCGGUGUCGCCCUUCUUCACGGGUAUUCUCGCGCAAAAAGUGGGCACUAUGGUCCUGCACCCGAUCUGUAUUGGGCUGUAUGGGGUAAUGGCUACCAGCUGGCUUCUGCUGCCCAAGAUUUCCAAGAGAUCGGAGUAA